AUGGCGAGCAUCGAACCCAUCAACCCAGAGUCUGACUCGCGCAUCGAGGUCAAGACGGCGACGCUGAAUGGACAGACGUACGAGUAUUUGUAUGGUGUGCCCAAGUCGGGGGAGUGGAAGAAGACUGUUUUUCUGAUCCAUGGAUGGCCUGAUCUCGCCAUGGGAUGGCGAUACCAGAUCCCGCUUCUGCUGGAUUUGGGAUUUCGCGUCGUAGCACCGAAUAUGAUGGGAUACGGCGGAACUGCUGCUCCUCAAGCCCCUCCCAACCCGCUCAAUCUAUACGGCAUGAAGAGGGCGUCAGACGACAUUGCUGCGCUGGCCAAGGAAGUCGAGGCGCCGCAGAUUGUGUUGGGAGGUCAUGAUUGGGGAGGUGCCGUUGUCUGGCGUGCUGCUCAAUGGUACCCCGAGCUGAUCACUCACGUCUUUUCAAUCUGCACGCCGUAUGCUGCGCCGUCUGAAAAGUACUUUGCCAUUGAAGACAUUGUCAAGGGACCUGUACCCCAGUUCGCAUAUCAGAUGCACCUUGCGUCUGGCGAGGUGGAGAAGGUGAUCAAGGAUGAGGAGACUAUCAGACAGUUCCUAAAGGGCAUGUAUGGCGCCAAGGGACCAAAUGGUGAAGUUGUCUUCAAUCCCACCAAGGGUGUGCUAUCCGAGAACUUGGCAAAGGUCGGAGAAGGCGUGCUCCUGAAGGGAAAGGUCCUGGACUACUACGUCAAGCAAUACUCUAACCACGGCAUUCAUCCUACCCUCAACUGGUACCGCACACGCCGCUUGAACUGGGAAGAAGAGCAAGAGCUGCUUGACAAGAAGACCAUUACGCAGCCUGUUCUCUUUAUUCAAGGAAUGCUAGACAUGGUCCUCACGCCAGAGUUGUCAAAGGGCAUGGAGAACUUCAUCCCACAGCUCACCAGAGGCGAGGUGGCAACUGGGCACUGGGCCAUGAUACAGAAGCCAGACGAAGUGAAUCAAAUUAUCCGCCAAUGGUUUGUGGCGCAAGGCCUAGUAGACAAGCAGCCAAACAGUCAAUUGUAG